AUGGCCGAGAAGCAGGAAGAAGAGGACGUUCCGAUCUCUUCACAAGGCUUGACAUGUCCACUGUGUUUUGGUAUCUUCGACGAUGCAACCCUCUUGACCUCUUGCGGACAUACCUUCUGUCGACCCUGUCUCAGGAAAUAUGACCUAUCCCACCAGGAUCUUGAUCACAUGGUCUGCCCUCUCUGCAGGACAGUGACGAAGUUGUCCUCAAACCGGGUCGACGAUCUCCUCCCCAAUGUAACGGUCAACGGACUCGUGGACGACCACCGUGCCAGGUCUGGAGGGGGCAGUGCGAUACUGGAGAUGCGGCAAAAGUGCACUGUCUGCAACCUCCAGGUAGAGGCCAUCGCUUUCUGCAGUACAUGCGAUGCAUACAUGUGUGAUCAAUGCUGCGUUGGCCACAAACAACUGAAGCUGUUCUUCGAAGGUCAUGAGAUCGUAUCUAUCCAGGAUAUCGUUGAGGGAAAUUCUAAACCUGGUUACCCCUCCGAGAAAUGUUCCGUCCACAGACAAGAGAACAAACAUAUUUUCUGUCAGAAUUGUAAGAUACGCGUCUGUUUCAAGUGCGUCAUCAUCGAUCAUCGAGAUCACAAGAUACAAUCACAUGAGGACUUCGAAAAGGAAAUGCAGGUUAAGGUGAGUGGUCUUCUCCAUCGUUGUACAGCAAAGCAAUCAGAACUGGAGAAGAACAUUCAGACUGUGGAGACACAUCGUCAUGAAGCACAUAGUGCUCUUCAGCUACUACGUGAAGAUGUCAGCCAAGCCUGUCAUACCAAGGUCAAGCAACUAGAAGAUAACCGAGGUGCACUCGUUGAGAAAAUCGAUGCUCUGGAGCGUAGUUUUGAUGAAGCCCUCAACGUUGUCAAAUCGAAUGAUGAACAGAUGAUCAAGAGCAUUUGUAGUUCGGUAGAUCUUGUGGGUAAACCUAGACUGGGAUGUCUUGAGGCGGACAGUCUUGUUGCUCACACAUUCCUUUGCGAAGGGAUCGAUGAAUUGCUAAAGGAGGUUAUUGAUCAAACAUCUGCAGCAACCAUACGGGAGAAGGCACAUAAGCAGAGAUUCAAGCCUGCAGAUGACACCAGUCUUGACCUUGGGGAUAUCUCAGAAACAGAUGCUGAGGCUGCACUGGAUGACAUGCUGAAGGGUGCUUCCGAUGACACUUCUGCAGCAACCAUAGGGGAGGAAGCCCAGAUUGCAGAAGAGGAUAUCACAACAGGGCUAUCCGUUCCACACAAACGGUUUGGUUCUUGUACUGCGCUCAUGUCUGCCAAGAACCUGACCGUCCUGGUGCUCAACCAUUAUUACCCCGGCUUUAGCAUGACUGCCAUCAUGGCGAUUUAG